AUGCAAGCCAAUCCCCCAGCCUGUACACAAAGGGAGAUUCUCACAACCUCUGCCCGCGCGCUCACCCUUGCAAAACCGCCUGCGCUGAUGCCAUGUGACCUGAAGUUGCUUUUGCAGCCAAUUUCCCGGGGAAAUCUAGACGGCGGUGAAGGCGCGUGCAUGGCGCAUCUUGCGGGGGUCAGGGACAGGCCGCAGGCGGAUCCGCGCGGUCUGGAGGUUUGGAGUGACGGCCCGGCCGAGGUUGUCGCGCGUUCUCUAGUCUAG